GGAGUCUGCAGCCAGCCAGCCAGCCAGCCUGUGUGGCGUACAGCAGCAGAGACGAGAGGGGCAGAAAGAAAACAUACAGUACAGCAGCUAAAGGCAAGAUGGCUUUCAUAGCCUGCUGAGGCAGUGUGCAGUGUUUAGAACCAUCUUCUGCUAUUCUGGAAUCUAACCGGGAUCUAAGAAGGGAAGCGCUUGGUUCUCAAGGGUUCUAGAUCAGAGGAGAUCAGCUCCAAUGAGUGUACCAGCAGCAGCAGCACAGAAAGCAGACAGCAACAGUGAAAUGCAGUCGCCUGCAGUGUCUCCCUCCUUCCUCCCCAGCCAGCCAGGAAAGAUUCCCGGCAGGAAGAGGGGGAGACCCCCACUACAUCGCAAGAUGGAUUUUCCAACCCACUACCCUGAAUCCCUCCCUCCCCUCAAAGUGCCCAAGAAGAGGGGGAGAAAACCUGGCUUCAAGCUGAAGCCCAGGAUGGUGAUGAAUCCCCUGGCCAUCUCUCCUCCCAGCAGCACCCCAGAACCAGACAUGAGCUCCAUCCCCCAGGACGCUGCUACCAUCCCCCACUCUGCCACGCCCCAGAUGCUCACAGUGUGUAUCUACAUCAACAAGCACGUCAACAUGGGUCCCAACCUGGACAGGAAGAAGCUGCAGCAGCUCCCAGAUCAUUUUGGGCCCGACAGGCCCUCCGUGGUGCUGCAGCAGGCCGUCCAGGGGUGCAUCGACAGCGCCUUCCAGCAGAAAGCGGUGUUCACUCUCCUCACACAGGGCUACGGAGGGGAGAAAAUAUCAGCCACCUUCGAUGGGAAGCAGCACCUUCUGAGUCUGCCUGUGGUCAACAGCAUUGGCUACGUGCUACGCUUUCUCAAGAAGCUCUGUCGCAGCUUGCACUGUGAAAACCUCUUCAGCGACCAACCAAUCCCCCAGCAUAAUAAUGCCUCCUACCAAUCAGAGGCUGAAACUUCCAUGCCAGAGGAGUAUCUUCUGGACCCGUCAGACAAACGGUACUCAAUGGACCCAGGUGACUCCGCCUUCAGUGCCAUAAGCUCCUCCUACUCAUCCAAACCAUCCUAUGGGUUCCGCUCCUCGCAGCAGUUCCCCAACGGCUCCUCCCCCUUGGGUAUGUGUAGACAGACGUCCAGCCCUAACACCUUCCUGGAAGGCAACAGGAUAGUGUACAAUCAAUCUCAGGACUCCCAGGAGUCCAAGGCGUCCCCCAGUAAGGACCCUUCCACCUGGAGUGUAGAGGAUGUGGUCUGGUUCAUCAGAGACGCUGACCUGCAGUCCCUGGGCCCUCACGUGGACGUCUUCAGGAAGCAUGAGAUAGACGGCAACGCGUUGUUACUUCUAAAGAGUGACAUGAUCAUGAAGUACCUAGGACUGAAGCUGGGGCCAGCCCUGAAGCUCUGCUAUCACAUCGACAAACUAAAACAAAACAAGUUCUAAAUCUGAACACUUUUUCACUUAAUCAAUCUGUGGGACCCAACUUUGUGGAUGCGUUCCAAAUGGCACCCAUACUCCACUACUUUUGACCAUAGCCCUAUGGGCCCUGGUUAAAAGUGGUACAAUAUAUAGGGAAUAGGGUGCCAUUUGAGACGCUAUAUUUUACUGAUUAUUUUUGCAUUUUCAUCGAUCAUGUAGCUAAAGAAAACAAUGUGAUCAUGUGAUUGACAGAAUACGUUUUUGGAUAUUCUAGUUUUUCUGUUGAAACAAGGUUUUGGUUUAUACAGAUGGCAAAAAUAUGCAAAUUGUGGAAUGCAUAACUGAUACACUGGCUGACAAUGCCUGGAAGAGGAUACAGCUGUCCCAUAAAUGAGCUUAUUAAGGCACCUAUGCGCCCUGGUAAAACAUACCAAGUCACGUUUAUGAUCGGUUGAGAAGUGUGAAUUAUUUUAGAUAAACUGUUAUUUAUACUUGGUCUCAAAUCUUCGGUUAUUACUUUGUUUUAAUGGUUAUAAAAAAAGGGGGGUCUCCACAAAUGUGUGACAAACACAUCAAAACUGUCCCAUAUAGUUUUUAUUCUAUAGCUUUACAAAAGUGACUUGAAUGUGUCGUAGGGUUGAAGCUAUUGAUAAAGUUCUAAACAUAUCAAUGCAUGUGAUUAAAAACAUUAAACAGUACUAUACUUUUUUUAUUUAUUUUUUACACAACAUAAUAUAAACUAAACUCAAUGCAGAAAUUCAAACGACUUUGCGUAUUGUUUUACAUAUUGUUUUGAUAAAAUUGCCAAAUAUAUCAUGUUUGUGCUCCAACACAUAACAAUGAGUCAUUUAUACAGUUGAAUGUACCAGAUGGUCAAAUAAUGAUCUCCAGCAUCCUCACAACCUAUUUACUGUGUACAUUUUUUUUUUACUACAUAUCAUUCUUGAAACAGAGUUGGAGAGCAAUGGAUGAGAACACUCACUGCAUAACUUCAAUUGACCUACAGUAUUGGAGUAUUAGGCCAUUCAACAAUGCUUGUGUAUGCCAAUUUGGCAGUAUGUGUACUUUUUAGUAACCUGUGUGUCAUUGCUGCUGUAUCCAAUUACAUGUAAACCAACCUGGGACUAGUGUAUAUUAUUUUGAAAAUCAUAUUGGAAAGAUCUAUACUGUAAGUCAGAGAAUAACCACUGGAUGGAUUCAUUAAUUUGUACUGGUGCUAAAGAAGUUCUCAAUGUAUUUGAAUAUCUCAUGUUUGCUUUUGUGUUGUGAGACUUAAAUAGAAAACAAUCAAUGUGUGUAUUUAACCUGGCUGUGUAUCCUAUCUAAGUAAUAACAUUAAGAAAAUAUUAAGGAAACAAGGUGUGGUUUGACAAGCAUCUUUCUUUGUGAUAUCAACCAUCUUUCAGAAUGAAAUCAAGCUUGGGACUCAUGUAAAAAAAUAAUAAAGAAAUGUUACCAAA